AGUGGGGUUGGAGGGACUGAGCGGAGGAGCCAGCCCAGCGGCAGUGGCCGGAGCUCCAGUCUGCGGAGUUGAACAGCGGGUUUCAACGUGGUCUUGGCGGAUGACCCGAGGCACUUGCAGAGCUGGCGGGUGCGGGUAAUGGAGACCAAAAACAUGUGGUACCUUGUGAGGAUGUCAAACAUGGAGAAAUUUUUGGUACAAGGCAUCCUCCUGUCUGGGAGCCAGCUUGUUGGUUGCAACCAGAGCCACGCCCCUCCCUGCGACCAACUCUGCAUUGUGUCACUUCCGGCCCUUGGCUGGGUGCAUCCGGGUCAGACUGCGCCUGUAGCUCACCGAGUGUGGUGGAGGUUUCGCGCUGUCCGCUUUCUCCCUUCCCUGUGUGACCAAGCCGCAGUGUCCACUGGCGAGAAGUGACCCACCCUGCCCAGGAGAGAGAGAGACGAGGAGACCUAGGAUCGUCGGACGCCGGGCUGGGCCGCUGUGGUACGGGCUGGAGACUUUGCUCCUACGCUUGCUGCUGUCUCUGUGAACCCGGUGCCAGCACUGAGGAGUCUUCAGCGGACAGUAACCCCCUUCCCCGGCUGCCCUGCCCGCCCUGCCGGGGAGGGCGGAAGAUGCCGGUGAAGAAGAAGAGAAAAUCCUCUGGGGUGGCAUCAGCAGUAGCAGAAGACGGAGGCCUCAAAAAGUGUAAAAUCUCCAGCUAUUGCAGAUCCCAACCCCCUGCUAGACUAAUAAGUGGAGAGGAACAUUUUUCAAGCAAGAAGUGCCUGGCUUGGUUUUAUGAGUAUGCAGGUCCUGAUGAAGUUGUAGGGCCAGAAGGAAUGGAAAAAUUUUGUGAAGACAUUGGUGUUGAACCUGAAAAUAUUAUUAUGUUAGUUUUAGCGUGGAAAUUGGAGGCUGAAAGCAUGGGAUUUUUUACCAAGGAAGAAUGGUUAAAGGGAAUGACUUCAUUACAGUGUGACUGCACAGAAAAGUUACAGAACAAAUUUGACUUUUUGCGUUCACAUUUGAAUGAUAUUUCUUCGUUUAAGAAUAUCUACAGAUAUGCCUUUGAUUUUGCAAGGGAUAAAGAUCAGAGAAGCCUUGAUAUUGAUACUGCUAAAUCUAUGUUAGCUCUUCUGCUUGGGAGGACAUGGCCACUGUUUUCAGUAUUUUACCAGUACCUGGAGCAAUCAAAGUAUCGUGUUAUGAACAAAGAUCAGUGGUACAAUGUAUUAGAAUUCAGCAGAACAGUCCAUGCCGAUCUUAGUAACUAUGAUGAAGACGGUGCUUGGCCUGUUCUUCUCGAUGAAUUUGUUGAAUGGCAAAAAGUCCGUCAAACAUCAUAGCAAGAACUAUUGUGAAGAAAAUGCAAACCUUUUGAUUCCUAUGUGUAUACAAGUUAGAUGAGAAAAAAAAAUCCAAAGGGUGCAUUUUUAUUCAUAUGAAAGACUUCUCAUAGUACUUUCUUUUCUCCAUUUUUUUUUAAGGAAGUUUUCUUGUUACAUGUGAUGGGUCUUGUGCCACACUUCUUCUGAGACUGAAUAUUCAGUUUUUGUUUUGAGUUAUGUUUAUUACAUUUAUUUCAGAACAAUAAAGAUUCCAAUUUGUGAUAAAGGCCUUAAAGUGAAGAUGUCCCUUGAGUGUCAGAGUGGUAUUUAUUUUUGUAAAUUUUAAUUCUUGAAUUUCAGAGGUUCUAUUCACCAUGAAUUUGUGGAAUUUUAAAGAUUUUAAAUAACAUUAAUAUUUGGCAGUAUAUUCUGCUGAUGGCAUGGCUUCAUGUCUUCCUCUCUGCUCAGUUAGGAAGAAUAUUUAUUGACUUCUGGGAUAAUAAUAUUCUGGUACAGCUAGAACAUUUUUGGAUAUUGGAAGUGCUCCAACUUUCAGCUCUGGUUUUCUGUGAAAGCUGCCAUGGUUUGAUGCACCCACUUUAUCUGAAAAGUUUAGAAUUAGAAAGAUGAUGUGUAGUCAUUUUCUUUUCCAACUGCUAACUAGUACUAUCAAUAAGCAUAAAGAAGCAGCAUUCCAUGUAUAUUCUUAAUGUGAAUUUUAAGUUUUCUGUAUUCUGUCAUUUUACAAUUACCUUUUAUACUUGAAAGAGCAAGGCUCAUAUAUUAAUGGUCUCAGACAAGCUGACAGCCUGAGAGCAUGAGAGAAUGAAGAUCAAUAUUGAAUAAAGUUGUAUCAUCAUCAUUGUUAUUAUGUAUCCAUUUAACUGUCAUUUUGUGAUACAGGGAGCUGUGUUGAGUGCUUUUUUUUUUCCCCAUUAAGAGAAUCUUAGCUUGAUGUUUUGGAUUUAUUUAAGAUAUAUAUAGGAAAAGAAGGUAAUAGAAUAAGGAAUUAUCAGAGAACUCUGGAUAUAAUGAUGCACAUCUCACAGUUGCCAUUUAUAGUCUUGCAGUCACGGUACUGCUAAUUAUCACAGUUUUCUGACUGUUGGCAGUAAAGUAUCUUGAGGAAAGGGCAGCCUUUUCUAUUUCACAUAGAAAGCAUUUUUUUGCACUAGCAGCAGGGUUGUUGUACAUUCCUUUUCAAACCAUCCAGUAUUCCAGUUAUGUGAAAACUGUUCACAUUCAUAGUCCAGUCACAACCUCAGUAACAUUUCUAGUUGCAUUGUAUGAGUGGAGAGAAGUAAAUAGAAUAUUUUUUCCAUAAGGCCAUUUGUAUUGGAACUUAAGGUGAAGGUUGAUUUUUGAUGGUGAAUUUAUUUAAUGAGUGAUUUUCAGUAUUGAUCACUUAAGGGAGAAUAGCAUUUUAAAGAUUUUUAUGGUUUGUUUGCUUUUUGGUUAAUAAGCUGGGAGAAAAUUAUUGCUGUUUUACUUGCCUUCCUAAUGAAAUUACUUUGUAGAACACUGAUGCAAUAGUGGGAAAUAACUUUUUAACUAUUAGAAUCACUGAAUUAGAACUGAGCACACCAACAAUGUUAUGAUUUAACAUUAUAAAGAUAUUUAAUAUCAAGUUUAAGUAUUUUGAUUUUUAGACAUUUGAGUCUUUAUAAUUUGACUCUUCUCUCUAAGGCACAACUGCUGAACUUGAAGAAUAUUGCCCAUUUUUGCUUAAUUCCAAAACAUAAUUUAAGUGAAACCUUACAAGUUGUCCUUUUAUUGCCUAAACUAAUUGUAAUGUCUUUGUCAUCUUCACUAUUUGAGUUAGAAAACAAAACAAAACACUUAAGACUUAUAGAUGACACUAAAAAAAAAUACAUGGAACUAUUUACUUCGCUUACUUAUCCAAAGAUACCUUUAAGACUCUUUGAAUCUGAAAACUAAAAUGAAACUUUUUUCCCUUAAGUCAAGAGCGUAAUCCUAUCCAGGCUGGGCUUACUUUACUCCCUUGUUCCUUGUUCUCUUAACCUCCUUAGAGUCACAACAUUCACUUACUUUGGAGGCAGAAUUACUCUGCCUCAUUUAUCAGUCAGGAUGUGGGCUUGUCCCUUCUUGUCAUAACUUUCUUAAUUUAUAUUUGAACAGCAUUUAAUUUAUUGGGAAAUUAACAAUCAAGAGAUUAAAUGAUAUAAGAGUACAGGAUUAAGGAGCCUAUGGUAUAAAAAAGAAGUCUCCUAAAUGUUGUCCAUCUUGUUUAACUAGUUAGCUUUAAGUGCCUUUCCAGGAAUUCUGUUGUAAAAUUUUCAGGAUUUUUUUGUAUAGGAUAAAAUACUCAAUGGUGUUUUAUAAUUGGAAAUGACCUGCUUCUUACAGAGUAGCACACAAAUGCAGUAAAACUGCUUGAAGGAAGUAGAGCCAGGUGUUGAUUCUUAGGUGUGAAAGGAUAGAGAAGCUUUCCCCCCAACCUCUAAGAAUUAGUAGUUUGAACAAGGCCUGGUAUUCUUAGGUCAUUGGGAAGAAUUCAGGUAACAUAGUGUUAUCUUAGUCAUAAAGAAAUGGUGUAUUGUUAUGUGCUGAACUGUCUUCUGCGUUAGUGUUUGUUUUUAUUGUCUAACGAUUUCUUGUUUUUUAAAUGCUGCCAGUAAAAUUCUUGACAAUACAGUUUUGACAGGUAGUAUUUUUGUGUAUAAUGUAUAGGGUUUGUUGAUUUGGGUUUUACUCUACUGCAGUGUACUGUGGACUUAAUGUUUCUUAAAUUGUAAUCAAAGGCUUUCCAUGGGGAUAUUAGGUUGACUCAGGAGUAUUUCUUUUAAGUACAAAUGCCUUUUCACCAAGAAAAUGAAAAAUUUAUCUAAUAAUAUUUGUCAUCACUUUGUGAUGAGGAGAGAAAGAGAAUAGAAUUUUAAGAUAACUAGAGUUUUUAAAGCAUGCAAGUUAUGUAACAUAGCUUACAUUCAGAACAUGAAGUGCAUUAACAGUGAAAGAUUUAGUUUGAAAUAAGUAUUUCUUCAACAGAAUAUAUUCAUCCUGCCUAAUUGUUAAUGGUAAAAUUCUGAAAGGAUUUAUUGGAAUUUAUUUUGUGCUCAGCUUGAGAAGCACAUAGAAUGUUGAUUUCAUUUUACUGCUCUUGUAGAAGUGUACUUAAAACUGUUGUGAUGAUAAUUCAUAUUUGGAUAAAAUUUUGUUUGGACUUUUAAGGCUUCUAUUGGCUCAAGUUUUGUAGCACAUCUCAUGUGCUUACCAAAUGUCUAAAGCAUCAUAUAAAUUGGCAACAUUGUAAUACAUUUAAUGAAUUAAAUUCAUUUGUUAGACUAAGAGAAAGGCAAAAUAAUCUCAUAAUCUUAUUCUUAAAGAGGAAUUCCCCCUUGAGAAAGUAUUACUUCUUGAGUGAUACUGGAAAUCAUCACAAGGGAACAUUUUCAAGAACGGUUCAUUUUCUCUUCAGGAGAAAGAUGAAAUAACAGCAAACUCUCAUUGAUUUUUCAGUAGGGAAGGCUAGUCUGAAUUACUAAAUAUUCAGGAUCAUAUAAUUUGUUUAAUGAAUGUAGUUUUAUUACUUUCAUAAAUAUUAGGUAACAGCCAGACC